UGGAGUUGGACAAGGUACUGCUGCGGGCGAGACAAUACGAGGUAUUUUAUUGCUUACUUUGGCUUUUAUCUUGUUCUUUUAUUUACAUUUCUCUCGUCUCGAUAAAAAAAUAAUAAUAAUAAAGUUACAAAGGUAUUUCUGGAGUUGAGUUUCCCAGUGAAUCAUAGAACCGACGACGAGAUAAGGGAUCUGGGUCAACGGUAUUUGACCGUAGAAACAACCACUAAGCAGGGUCAAUAAUGUAAUUGAAUGUUCUUUUUGUUAUUUUCUUAUACUUUCCAAUCUUGUUUAGGUUAUGAGUAGGCAGCAUAUGUUUUUUACUAUUUAUAAAAUUAUCAACAUUAAUUAAUUUUAAAGAGUAAUUCAACUCGGUUCUGUCGUUGUUUCUUUUAUCCCUUUGAGUCCUCUGGUUAUAUAUAAGGUCUCAGUUUGGCUUUUCAUUUCCUCUCUUUAUCUUUUGUGUUUGAGCCACUAAGAUAACAGAUAUAGAGAUAGAGAAAAUGAGAACAAGAAGAGGCCUUUGUUACCCUAGGCCCGCCGAUGUUUGUGUAGACAAACUAGUAGUUAAAACUCAGGAUUUCGCCCGAGAUUUUAUGGGUUGCCGGAAACGCCAAAGAUUCUCCCCGGAGAUUGCAGGAAACCCUGAUUUCUUCGAUCUUUUACCCGAUGAUAUUGUCAUUUCUAUAUUCUCCAAGCUUAGCUCUACUGCCCGUUCCCCUUCUGAUUUCAUCAACGUCUUGAUUACAUGCAAGAGAUUUAAGAGUUUAGCACUCAGUUCGGUGGUGUUAUCCAAGGCAUCUCCGAAAAUGUUUGCUAUAAAAGCAAAAAACUGGUCGGAGUCAGCUCACCGGUUCUUGAAGACUUGCUCUGAUGCGGGAAAUGUUGAAGCUUGUUACACUCUCGGCAUGAUUCGGUUCUACUGUUUACAAAAUCGAGGCAGUGGAGCCUCUCUUAUGGCCAAGGCGGCGAUUAACUCCCACGCGCCGGCGCUUUACUCCUUGGCUGUGAUUCAGUUCAACGGCAGCGGCGGCUCUAAAAAUGAUAAGGACCUUAGAGCCGGUGUGGCUUUGUGCGCCCGGGCUGCUUUUCUUGGCCACAUCGAUGCCCUACGUGAACUCGGCCACUGCCUGCAGGACGGGUAUGGCGUCCGCCAAAACAUCGCCGAGGGACGUCGGUUCCUCGUCCAAGCCAACGCUCGAGAGCUAGCGGCGGUGUUGUCAUCAGCAAGUGCUUCUAACGAAAUGACGCACACUUGGCUCACGUGGAGCCCACACCCAAUCCCGCCCGCCAGCCAACGUCAUCCGGCCAUCCCCGGAUGCCCAUUGCUGAGUGAUUUUGGGUGCAAUGUACCAGCACCGGAGGCGCAUCCAGCAAGCAGGUUCUUAGCGGAGUGGUAUGAAGGUCGGGGAGGGAUACCGGGGCCUGGUUUGAGACUUUGCUCGCACGUUGGUUGCGGGAGGCCGGAGACAAGAAAGCACGAAUUCCGGAGAUGUUCGGUUUGCGGGGCUGUAAAUUACUGCUCACGCGCUUGCCAGGCUCUGGAUUGGAAGCUUCGCCACAAAGCAGAGUGCGCGGCUGUUGAGCAGUGGCUGGAUGAAGAAGCUGAUGGUGGUCAUGCUGUUGCUGGGAAUGAUGACGUUAUUGCUGGAAGUUAAAGGCCCAUGGUAAUUUACUGUUUCAGAGGCCCUAAAAGCUGAAAAAAGGAAAUUUACUAUGGUGGUUGAAACGGCAGAGUUUCCAUUCAUUCCCUUAAUUGGGGGUGUAAGUUGGGAGUUAUUUUGAGGAUUGAAAAUUGGAGUUUUACUCUUCUCUUUUUGUAUUAUAUAAAUUAUAGAGGAAAAAUGGAGUAAAAAUUAAAAAUGAAUGUUUGGGUAAUUUGUAGGAGAAUAA